AUUCCCCUCUUCGUAGUACAUCUUCAUUCAAUGUCAUCAUGAGCUCCUUGGUAGGCGGAGUCACAGGGCAUCAUCGCCUUCGUACUCAAUGCGGCAUUUGCGGCAAAGCAUUGUUGGCUGGCGUGAGUUUUGUGGCUUUGCUAGGUAACGGUCUUGAACCUGAAUUAGGGCUUUGUCUAGACCGCGCGGUAUUCCCAGACUCUCGGAACAUCAGGGUUGGCACGAAAGUCCUGUGCUGGGCACCGAGCUGCCGGCGAUGCACAGAUGCUACCGAGGCAGUAGGCUUACAUUCUACCUGCCUGAAUCUGUUCCAAGAACACUGCAAAAUCGACAAUGCGGUCGACAGAUUAUGGAUAACAAUUGGCAAGAGGAACCUCUGGCAACGUGCUCCAAUGCUUCAGCUGGACCGUGAAACAGGACUUGACAUCGAAAUUGUCCGCGAGAAAGCAGAGGCUUAUGGUAUUCGACUAUUGAAGCUCCUACCAGCAGAGCUCAUCCACAUGGUACAAGAGUACAGCGAUUCGGCGACGUUCUGGCGCUACAUCCAUGUUCUCAGCAUAGCUCGGGAGUUGUCCCGCUUACAGUCCGAUACCGCUCCACCAGUUACUUCGAUACCUUUGUGUAAUAUCCUAUCCUGGACACGAGGAGAUUGCGCUGCUGUGUUAUCAAGCAACUGCCCGCCAGUAGUACGCUUGACUCUUGAUCACAGGGGAAUACGAAAGAUAGAAAGGCUGUCAAAAUCAUCAUACGAACCCCAACGUUCGGACAGGGAGGCAUUUGUAAUCUCGCCUGCGAUAUGCUUUCAGGAUGUUGUGGCUGUACUGAAGGUGAUGAGGUUGCUCUGGAUAUUGCAAUGAUCUGAACUGACCCAGUACACCUAGUGUCAUGUGUUGCGGCUUGAGCUCCCUGCAUCUCUGUUGGGGUUUCACAUCUGGGACACCCCCAAACCCCCUGGUAUUGAGGACUGCGACUUUUACGGCCGCGUGACACCAUCCAUGCAAUUCAAGACCACCAACCUACGCAGUGUAACGGGCCUCACGUUUUUCUUCUCUUUCAGUAAGCUCUACGCAAUACACGCGCAUACACAUGCGAGACCUUGUGCAACGAAAACAUUCGACCGGCUUCCUGUGAAAAGACAGGAAAGUGUCGUCUGGAUAUACCUACCGAUGCCCAGAGAUGAAGAAAUCACCUCGAUCGCGAUGCGGUUGAAAGUUGAAGGAGGAGGGGCUACAACGCAGAAGCCCUUUUUCAUGAUUCGUACAAAGCUAGCCGGGGAUGUGUAUGUUGGCCCAUGCCAUCUUAGGCAGCACAGAGAUAUUGUUCUCAGCCAGUCAAGCCCAGAACUGCUCAUUCACAAUGUUGCAGAUGUCGGACCAGCUACUGUAUUCGGAACAUAUCCGCGGAAGCAGCACCGUGAUAGCCUACCGCCGUUCAACAACCGCUGGCCGAAUAUGGAUCCUCUUCUUCAUCUAAUGUUCGAGCAUAUGUAUCUUUCAGUGGCGCCAUUAAAAGACGUGACUGGCAUUAAGGUCGUAGAAGACGAGAACUUUGAAUGCAAGGGUAUGAUAUUCGACUAUAGUAACGGUGCUCAGAGAGCCUUGGGGGACUGUAGAUUUGGUCAUUAUCGUGUCAAGACGUAUGUGAGUCCACGGCGGUUGUGCUACUGUCAUGUCCAACCUACACCAGCGAUAGUGCGAGGCGUUCAUGUCGAGAUUGGAAGUGAAUCGGACCAUGCACACAGCGGCGAUGACUGGAAGUGCUCGGAGAUGGAAGGGAAUAUCGAGUUUUGGUUCUCCAAGGAACAUUCGGUCAUUGUCUGCCACUCCAUUGAGAGCACAGCAGCGCCAUGAGGGGUCUGGAUACUUGGCAGCCCUUUGCUUCCUUGGCGGUUAUUCUAGUUUCGUCUUGAUCAACAGAUAUGCAAAUGCAGAGACCCUCAGCUCACUACCAGUAUACGUCAGUGUAUUGAUGAUCCCCAAGCGCGAAAUCGUGAUCCAGCUGGAGUCAUAGCAGCUCAAGAUCGCCCAGCUCAGCACGGACUUGUCAGCUUGUCGACACCAAGAAUAGGGAAACAGCCCAAUUGCCG